AUGCGCCAGCGCGACUGCGACCAGAUUUGGCCGAGUAGUCUCAACACCAACGGAUACACUUCGAUAGUGCUCAGCUUUGCUAUCUUCAACUCAAUUACCUUUGAAGUUGGCAUGAAGCGUCCCGAAGACGAGGAGGUUUACAACCAGUUCUUCAAGCUUCCGGCAAGUAUCUACAAGGGAAUCGCGAUCGGCGAAUGGGCCAUGUCUCAUGACGGAGAGACAAGCCUCGCAUGGUCCAAGAUGGCCAGUACCAAGGAGAACCGCAAGUCUUUCGUCGAUUCCCUCAAGCAGUUCUUGGAAAAGUGGAAGUUUGACAAGAUCGAGAUUCACUGGGAGUGGCCAGGUGCUUCCGAUACGCAGAACCAGGUCGAUUUGAUCCACGAAGUGCGCCAAGCUCUCGGUAGCACGUUUGUGGUCUCUGUUGUUCUCCCAGCCCAGGAGGGAUACCUCAAGAACAUGAACCCAGGUGCAAUGCAGGAUGACGUCAAUUGGUUCACUGUCUUGACAUAUGACUUACAUGGGUCAUGGGAUGACAUCUCGCAGGGGAUCAAGCCACACACUGACCUUGCUGAAAUUGAUGGCGCGCUCAAUCUUCUAUGGACUGACAAGAUUGAUCCAGCAAAGGUUCUGAUGGGAGUCGCCAACUAUGGCCGUGGCUACACUGUUGCUGACACGAAGUGUAAUUACUACGGUUGCGAAUUUGUAGGCGCCAGUAAGCCCGGUGGCUGUACGAAGACCGGCGGCUUUCUUAGUGCAUGCGAAAUCAACAGGAUCAUUGGGGAAAAGAACCUCAAGCCUCAUAUCAUCGCUGGAGGAGCAGGCGUCAAAGAAAUCGCAUGGGAUGACCAAUGGGUGGGAUACGAUGACCCAGAGACUCUUGGCAUGAAGCUACAACUUGCAGACAAGCACGGUCUUAGUGGUACAGCGCUCUGGGCCAUUGACUUCGAUUGUAAUGGUGGAAAUGGCGGUGCUCCACAACAACCUGGGACUCCGAUUACGCCAGGCCCUUCACCCUCUGAUGAGCCUGCCUACCCCGCGCCUAUACCUUCUGGAGCUCCCUUGCCUACUUCAUCGGCACAAGGCUCGGUCCCUUCAUUUUUAGCAUCUCCUAGCAGUCUGCAAUCUUCUCCUGCACUCUCGAGCAACGUUUCCCCGCUAAAUCCAUCCUCGGUACAAGGCAGCCCUGUCCCGUCAUCGACACAGGGAUAUUCGAGUGUGACCGACCCUUCGCCUAUGCCUUCCUCGGAAGGUUCGGCCUUGCCAUCGUCUCAAGACUGGAACAGUCAAACUUCGUCCCAGCCUGUCGGUUCAAGCGUUGCUUUCUCGUUAUUUUCCAGCACUCCUUCCAUAACGACAGGCGCUUCGACUCCUUUGGGUAUUUCUCAAACACCACCGAGCAGCUCAAACAGCCCAACAGUAUCUUGGGUGAGCUCAGUAGAGGGGUUUACCACAGCAUGGUUUCCGAUCACUGUUAUCCCUAGCAUUUCUGCAUCCCCAUCUGGAUUGCCGCCAGGUAGCACAGACAUCCCGAUUGUGUCUUGGGUGAGCUCAGUUACUGGAUCAUCGACAGUGUGGUUUCCCAUCACUGUCAUCCCGAGCCGUUCUGCAGCACCCCCGAGCAGUAAGAUCAGCUCAACGGAUGGUGUAACGCCUUUACCGCCAUUGGAAUCAAAUAGCAGUCCUGCAUCGCCGUCUCAAGCGCCAUCCGGUAAUUCAAGCACUCCGAUGGUAUCAUGGGCAUUUAGCUCUGUUGAGGGAUCGACAACAGUAUGGUUUCCCAUCACUGUUAGCGAGAGCAGCUCUGUGCAACCUCCUAUCGGUACGAUUGGCUCGAGUAGUGGCUCAAACCCUGUACCGUCAUCGGGCUCGGCCACCAACUCUCCAGCGCCGUCCGUCAGCUCAGACUCUCCAGCGGUGUCUUGGGUGAGCUCUGUUGAAGGAUCCAUGACCCUGUGGUUUCCUGUUCCUGUUCCUAUUGCCACCCAGAGUGACCCUAUAAUUCCUCCUCAUGGCACGAUCAGUUCAACCGACGCCACGGUUUUUCCUCGUCCAGUUCUUGCCUCAUCAACCGAUUCUUCCAAGCCUGAUCCGACCAAUUCUCCAGGCCCAGGUCCGACGAAGCCAUCAUCGCCAGACCCAACGGAUACGUCUUCUUCUGGACCAGCACCGGGUUCGUCAGCUGUCGGGACUAUCGCGCCUUCCAAAGACCCAGGCGAGCCCUCAGCGGUGCUACCAGUCCCUAGUGAUAUUUCCCCUGACCCAUCGGGUGUGGUACCAGUCCCAGUCCCAGUUCCAGGCCCCCCUGAUGGCCCAGAUCCAAAGGAUGAUCCAGACUGCGUACCGAACGACUGCAUUCUUGAUUGUAUCAAGUGGCGAGUCGUCACUUUCUUGCUCACCAAGCGGCCCUUCUGCCCUUGUGUGGUAAAGGCGUGCAACGACGGCCACAAGAAGAAGCCAAAGCCGACUUCUUACCCCAAGAACAAGAACAAGAAGUGCAAUUUGUUUGGAUGCGGCUGUGGCUACAUGGGUCUUGGUUUUGGUCCCGGCUGUGGUGGUGAUGACAAGGACUUUAUAAUCCCUUCACCCUGUGGUGUCUUUGGCUGUGACCCCUGCCAAUACUUUGGUUGCCCAGGUAGAGAAUCGGGUAUCAUUGGAGUUGAUGGGUACUGCCUGGGAGAAGGAUGCUCGGCCUGUCCACCAGAGAUUUGCAGCCUUCCGGGUUGCACGAUUUCAGGUGGCUGUGGACCCAAGCCUGGGCCAGCGCCUAACAAGCCAUCCAAUCGCCCAGAUCCUGAGGAGUGUGAAGAUAAUCAGCGUACGGUCAUCACUGAGCGAUUCGUGUGGUGUACUGAGGGAUACAAUGUCUCCGCCCUGCCCACUAGUGUGAUGGGUACUUCAUCCACCCUGAUCACAUCCAUGUGUGUCCCAUGGAUCGAUGCAACUGUGACCGUUUGCGGUGGAGCUAUCCAAGGCUUCGACACCACCAUGACGCAGACUGACACCGAAACGGUGACUACAGACGAUCCAGCUUGUACUCGGGCGCCACUCUCAUUGGACGACGAUGAGGGUAACAACGACCCGAACGAUUCGUUGAGCACAGUGACGAGCUUCGAUAGCAUGUCUAGCAAGCCCUCAAGUACCCCUUCAAGUGUCACCUCAACUACCCCCUCAACUACAUCCUCAACUACCUCGUCGGCCACACCAAUACCAGAGCCAACAGGUUCAAUGGACAAGUAUGGGAUGUGGACGGCCCGCAUCCAGCAGUACAUGUGGGACGACUACUCCGAGAUGCACUGGACUCUAUUCGACCCCAACGGCAACAACGCUGGCGAGCAUGGCACCCACGGCAACGGACUCAAGGAGAUCAAAGAUGUAAUCCUGACAGUUAAUCGGCCUUCUCAACACCAGAUGCCUGUAGAAAUCAACGUCACGGUGUUAGAUGUAGAUGACCUGCCUAGAUGCCGGGUCAACUUUGAGUUCAACAAGGUUAUCGACGGCUGCGACUACAUGAAAAAUGUACAGUGUAGGCCGUACUUUACCUCUGAGAUGUGGACCGAGCGAGAGCCCUUUGCUCUGCAGACGUGCGAGGACUCCUGUAAGAAGAAUGGUAAGGAUUCUCCUCUCCAAAAGACGGAUUUGUGGUGCGAGGACCUGAACACCGCCGAUUGGGAGCAGAUGGCGACUGGGUGGAAGCGGGAUUUCACUUGUGGCUGGAAGGGUUUUUAG